GUUUUGACGGCUCUAUCUCCACUCACCCCCCACCAAACGCACGCUGUACCCUAUUGUUUCCUCCAAAUUUCAAUUCCCUUAUUCUUCUUCUUCUUCUUCUUCUCUCCAUUUUGCAGAGAAAGGGAUUCUAGAAUCUUCCAUUUCUGCAAUUCUUCUUCGAUCCUCCUUGCUCUCUUUCUCAUGGAUCCUCCUACCUCUUGGGAUUCCUUGCGAAAGCAGGCAAGGAAGCUUGAAGCUCAGCUGGAUGAGCAGAUGCAUUUGUAUCGUAGAUUUGUUUCAAACAAAAGUGGUAAUGCUAAUGAUCAUGAUCUUGAAUCUAGUAUAGAUCAGCUGCUCAAGCAACUUCAACAAGUAAAUUCACAAAUGCAAGGAUGGGUUUCAUCGGGAGGAUCUGAGAUCUUCUCUCAUACACUGACUCGCCAUCAAGAAAUUCUUCAAGAUCUUUUUCAGGAGUUUAAUCGGAUCCGUUCAAGUUACAGAGCCAAGAAAGAGCAUGCUUCAUUGCUUGAAGAUUUUAGAGAGUUCGACCGAACCAGGUUAGAUCUGGAAGAUGGUAGUGGGUCUCAUGACCAAGCACUCCUUAACGAACGUGCUACUCUCCAUAGGACUACUGGACAGAUGGAUGGUGUGAUUUCUCAAGCUCAAGAAACAAUAAAGACACUUAUGUUUCAAAGAUCAACAUUUGGUGGCAUUAAUUCAAAACUCAGCAAUAUCAGCAGUCGCCUCCCAACGGUUAACCAUAUUCUUUCAGCAAUAAAGAAGAAAAAGUCUAUGGAUACGAUCAUUCUUUCAUUAGUUGCCUCUGUAUGCAUGUUUCUCAUUUUGGUUUACUGGAUGACGAAAUGAGACAGUAAUUAAUUGGACUCCUGAUGGAGCUUUGAGCACCAUCUUUGCUUGUUUGUAUCUUUUUGUAUAUUCACCAGUGAAUUUUGUGACUCUUCAUUUUUAUACAUGUAAGAAGGUAUCUUGAAUUGGUUUUGAUGCACGCGGUUGCUAUGCCAAUCCAAGUAUCAACAUGAUUUAGAAUCCGUCGUUUUUGGGGCGUGAAAGUGAGAAUAUUCAGUAGAGGACAGAGUAGAUGGUGUAAACUAAUAUGAAAACCAGUUGAUCUGCAAAUUCUAUGUAAUGUAUUAUGAGACCAAAAUCACCAAAUUACUGGAAUCUAAGUGCAAGGAUUCUGCCAUCA